AUGCCUCCCACCAUCUCAUCUUCGCUCUGCACAGUCGCCGCCCUGUCCGGCCGUCGGGCCAGCCAGCAGGGAGGAAACAAGCAGCGGGCGGUGGCGCAGCCUCUCGCGGCUGGUGUCGUCACGGAGGCGGCGCCGCCGCUCGUCAGUGCUCCGCGGCGCCGUGGUGGUGCCGACGAGCUGGUGGCGUGGAAGAGUAUCCGGCAGGAGAGGUGGGAGGGCGCGCUGGAAGUGGAGGGAAACCUCCCUCUCUGGCUGGAUGGCACGUACCUGAGGAACGGCCCGGGCCUAUGGGACCUCGGGGACUACGGCUUCCGCCACCUGUUCGACGGCUACGCGACGCUUGUGCGCGUCUCGUUCCGCGACGGGCACGCCGUGGGCGCGCACCGGCAGAUCGAGUCGGAGGCGUACAAGGCGGCGUGCGAGCACGGGAAGCUCUGCUACCGCGAGUUCUCGGAGGUGCCCAAGCCGGACAGCUUCACGUCCUUCAUCGGGCAACUCGCGAGCCUCUUCUCGGGGUCCUCCCUCACCGACAACUCUAACACCGGCGUUGUCAGGCUCGGCGACGGCCGCGUGCUCUGCCUCACGGAGACCGUCAAGGGCUCCAUCGUCGUCGACCCGGACACGCUGGACACGGUGAAUAAGUUCGAGUAUGAGGACAAGCUGGGCGGCCUGAUCCACUCGGCGCACCCAAUCGUCACCGACACCGAGUUCUGGACGCUGAUCCUGGACCUGAUCCGGCCAGGCUACGUGGUGGCGAGAAUGGACGCCGGGAGCAACGAGAGGCAGUUCGUGGGCAGGGUGGACUGCCGCGGCGGUCCCGCGCCCGGGUGGGUGCACUCAUUCCCCAUCACCGAGAACUACGUGGUCGUGCCGGAGAUGCCGCUGCGGUACUGCGCGGCCAACCUCCUCCGCGCCGAGCCCACACCACUGUACAAGUUCCAGUGGUACCCAGAUUCGGGGAGCUACAUGCACGUCAUGUGCAAGGCCAGCGGCAACAUCGUGGCGAGCGUGGAGGUGCCGCCGUUCGUGACGUUCCACUUCAUCAACGCGUACGAGGAGAAGGACGAGGAGGGCCGCGUGACGGCGAUCAUCGCCGACUGCUGCGAGCACAACGCCAACACCUCCAUCCUCGACAAUCUCCGUCUCCACAAUCUACGGAGCUUUACCGGCGAGGAUGUCCUCACCGACGCCAGGGUGGGGCGGUUCAGGAUCCCGCUGGACGGCAGCCCAUUCGGCGAGCUGGAGGCGGCGCUGGACCCGGAGGAGCACGGCCGCGGCAUGGACAUGUGCAGCAUCAACCCGGCCCACCUCGGCAAGGAGUACCGCUACACCUACGCCUGCGGCGCGCGCCGGCCGUGCAACUUCCCCAACACGCUCACGAAGAUCGACCUGGUGGAGAAGACGGCCAAGAGCUGGUACGAGGAGGGCGCCGUGCCGUCCGAGCCCUACUUCGUGCCCCGCCCGGGUGCCGUCGAGGAAGACGACGGCGUGGCCAUAUCCAUGGUGAGCGCCAAGGACGGGUCGGGCUACGCGCUGGUGCUGGACGCCAAGACGUUCAAGGAGAUCGCCCGGGCCAACUUCCCCUAUGGGCUGCCCUACGGUUUGCACUGCUGCUGGGUGCCCAGGGACAAGUAA